AAGUAAAUAUAGUGCCGGUCGAGCUGGUGUCAAUUAAUGUGAAUAGAGCUCAUAAUAUCUUGAUUUAAUUGGCGUUUUAUCGCUUUACUUUGUGAUUUACAAAUACAUGAUUAUUAUUUAAUUUAAAUGAAACUGAAUAUUCACAUUUUGGGUCUCAAUAUCUGUAAUUAUAAAGGAUGUAGAUAUUUUUAAAUAUGUAUAUUUACGACAAAGAGCUUUUUUUAACACGUACUUAGAUACUUUUUAGCAAGUCAAAUAUCGCUGCCUUCACUUUUCCUUGAAGACACCUGCUGGGCUUUUCCUAAAAUCAGAUUUUGAAAGUGAAAAUGAAAGGAAAACCUUAAAUUAUUCUAUUAUCACAUAAUAUGGCUUCGUUAAUUUUUGAUAAAAGUAAAACGUUGAUAGUUUCUGGUGUUUCAAAGCUCUUGCACAAUGAGAUUGCUAAGGCAUUACAACAGGCCAACUCUACUGGGUUCAGGGGCAAUGUUGAGAGAAUCUUUGUGUGUCCUGGAGGAAAAGACCAUGCUCUGGUUGAGUUUAAUGAAAAUAUUCCAGAUUCUGACAUUGGCGAUACGCUUCAAAUUAAUGCUACUACUCUCACUAUUCAAAAAUCGAAAUCGGCUGAUGUGAAGAAAAAUAAUGUUAGCAAGGAAUUCAGUAAAAUAUUUCAAAAGGAAAAGGUUUCAUUUUCUGAUCGCAAACUUCAAGAUGCAUGGAAUUCUGUUCAUGCAACGAUGGAGAAAAUUUAUUGUCAUUUAUUGCGCAAUGGCAAUCGUCAACAACAUUGUUUCGACCAAUCAAAUUAUCGCAUGGAACAAUCUAGCCAAUCCUAUAACCUCGUCAACUUGAGUUCUUAUCAAAAAGAUUUUGGUAAAUCUUUCACUGUAAGCUCAUCAUUUUUACAUGGUGAUAUUAUUUGAGUUAUCGUGCAAAUUAUACAGUUUAAGUUGUUGA